GAGUUCCUGUAAGGGGUGGGGGAGGGAGCUAGGCAUUGCUUCCUCCACCGCUUGGGUUGAGUACCGCCCCUCCCCAUCUGCCACCUUCACCUCUCAGACUGCAGUGCUUUUGUCCUGGGGAAGUUGAGGAGGGACCCUUGAAUGGAGGAGAUAUUUCAGGGUUCCAAGCCUGGAGUGGAUGCUCAGUUGGACUGGUCUGGUACAGCCUUACUAGAAGAAGAUCCCCAGGAUCUCUCAUUGCCAUAAUACUAUAGAUUUCCUUCUGUCUGACUGAUGCUGGGACCUAGUACCAUCGCACUUCUGUCAUCUUUUCCAUUCUGGCUUAAGAAGUGAAAUUAACUCAAGUCACCUCCAGUGGAAGUCGGUUUGCUGGAAUUGUUGAAGCAGCAUUCUUGAAGUUGAAGAAAAGGUACGUAGAAGUAAGAGAGUCUGUGCCUUGACCAGAGGAGUGUGGCCCUUUCUUCAAAGCCUUCUCUGGACACACCCUCCUGGCGUCCCCUAGGAAAGAUGCGGCAGCUCAAAGGGAAGCCCAAGAAGGAGACGUCCAAGGACAAGAAGGAGCGGAAGCAGGCCAUGCAGGAGGCCCGGCAGCAGGUCACCACGGUGGUGCUGCCCACGCUGGCCGUGGUCGUGCUCCUGAUUGUGGUGUUUGUGUACGUGGCCACCCGCCCCACCAUCACCGUGUGAGCACCAGGAGGGGAAGCAGCAGAAAAAAAUGGCUUUUGCUGUCCGAGAGUUUCCUGGUGCUGAGCUCUCAGCUGGAGCACCUGUCUUCUCUGGUCUUUGACUUGAUUAAAGUUUUUCCACUUUUCUUGGGAGGGAAUAGGGAGCAUUUUUUCAGUGAAUGUGCCAUAUAUCUUAUGGUCCACUUCAUGUGCCUUUCAGACUUCAGAGCUGUGUGUGUGUUUCUUUUUCUCUCCUAAAACCCAUCCGUGGCUCCACCCGGUGAGAGGCGGCACCUCGGGAUCAUGAAUGGGUUGGAAUCAGUGCUCACCCCAUCUUCAUUGUUUUGAACAUGACUUUUCCUACAUAUGUCCACAUUUCCGAAGGGACUGUAUUUCUUCUCUGUGCUCAAUGUGAUUUUAAAUAUGU